AUGGAGGAAGUGAAGUUCCUGGUGGUAGAUGAAGCAGACAGAAUGUUGGACAUGGGCUUUGAGCCGCAGAUUCGAAACAUCAUUGAAAACUAUGGCAUGCCAGAGCCCGGCGAGGGCGGGCGCCAGACCAUGAUGUUCUCGGCCACAUUCCCUCAGGAGAUGCAAGACAUGGCCUUGGACUUCCUCGACCCGGCCUACUACGGCAUUAAGGUUGGCCAGGUGGGCCACGCAGCGACGGAUGUGGAGCAGUGCUUCGAGCAGGUCAAUUUCCGGGAGAAGAACGACAGGCUGCUGGAUUUGCUGAAUCAGGCGAAGAACGAGAAUGGCGAGCUGGGAAAAACACUCGUGUUCGCAAACACGAAGAACACCUGCGACGACAUAGCCUGGAUUUUGAACGACGGCGGCGUCAAAGCGGAGCCCCUACAUGGAGGACUCACACAGGCGGCCAGAACUCGAAAUCUGACCCUGCUCAAGAAGGGCAUACUCGACGUGCUGGUCGCUACCGACGUCGCGGCACGAGGACUUGAUGUGCCUGGAAUCGAGCACGUGAUCAACUACGAUCUGCCACAAGACGGCGACACCUACGUCCAUCGCAUCGGGCGGACAGGGCGCAUCGGCAACAAGGGCCUGGCCACAUCUUUCGUGUCGAACUACGACAACGCGACGAAUCUGAAGAUGAUUGUCCAACACAUGAAGGAUGCGAAGAAGGACGACCCAGAUGCCUCUGACGUGCCGGAGUGGCUGGAGGAGUUGGCCGUGAGUCGACCAGGGGGUCCCCGCGGCGGCGGGGGCAGAGGACGAUACUAG